AUGGAGCAAGCUCUUCAUCGUCUCAAUCAUUCGCGAGCUUCGUCAAGGGAAGCGAUGCAGAAGAGCUGCUCGAGGCUUCAGCUGAAGCAUCGUCUAUUCCCGAGUCGUCCGACACUCUCGUGCCAAUUCCGAAUCCAUCGUUGCCAAGUUCUAGCCGAAGUAUUAUUGAGCUCGAUUCUUCAACGGGAAAUCGAAGACGACAAAGGCUACGAAUGCAACAACAAGGAUGAGGAGAACAUUCGAAGCGCUUUGGAUAAUGUGUUUAAGGUAGGUGUCAAAUUGAGGCCUCCACUGAAAGAAGAUGAAAAGCUCAUCCGUAUUGUGCAGUUUGACUUGGAGGAGCCCAACCGAGAAAACUGGAAAGUUCUUUUCGAAUGUCCAGCGUCGAAGCAGACAUCUAUUGGAGAUUUAUUACGGCAUUGUAUUCAUCUUUAUGCAGAAAUAUAUGGACAACGGCUCACACUGAACCAGGUUCGCCUACGAGAAAUGCCUUCGUUUAGUCGACCAAUGAAGGUCGUGUUGAAUCUUGGCGACACUUUAGAAUCUCGUGGAGCUCAGUGGUCGAACAACAUUUACUUCCAAGUAAUAUCCGCCUAUGAUUUCGUUUUUAUAGAUGAACGCCUAAUAGGUCAACCAGGAGUACCUAUUCUCGUUCGUCGGUUCCGGCCAUCCACUGUAGAAGUUACAAGCAUUCAUGAAGUCCUUGUGGAUCCGAAUGCUGCGGACCAAAUGCAUUCAUUCGCAUCUAGCGUCUCUUUCAUGUCGGGCAUCCCCAUCGACAGGCUUGUUUUUACAGAAGUGCGUUUCUUUUUCAGAUUUCUUGUAGUCACAUCUUACAUCAUCAUGUUUCUCAGAUUACUUGUAGUCAUCUUCUUACUUGAUAAAGAUUUUAAGUGCCCAAAACUCUCAUGGGAGAAGUGGCCAUUUGCGUUGAGUCGUUUGGCCAUGUUGGACGGAGUCGUCAGGUUUUCUGCCCGACCCUCCUAUGCGCCCAAUGAUGUAAUUGAGCGGAUUGGCGGUAGAGUUGUCUAUUACAAAGAUGCCGCUGAAGUAACGAAGGAAUUGUCGAAUGAAGACAGAAAACAAAUCCAAAUAAGGGAGAACGGUCAAAGUCAAGCAGCAGUUGCUCGGAGAAAAGAGCGGCCUUUACGAAUCCAAAUGAGUAGUAUUAGCGAACCAUGA